GGGCCGGGCCGGGCCGGGGGCCAGGGCAGCAAUGUGGGGUGCCCGGGUGGCCGCGGUGCCGCGGUGGUACCGGGCCCUGCGCAGCUCCGCAGGGCUGGGCGGCCCCGGGAACCUGCUGCGGAAAAUGCUCCGCAAGAAUAAAAAGAAGUUCUGGUAUGACAGCCCUACCCUGGGAUCACAAAAGUUGUAUAAAACAACCAAGUUGGACUUUUUAAUGAAAAAUGAGCUUACAAAAACAAGGAAAGAAGACAACGUGCGCUGCAGAGUCUUGAAUGGUCUUAUUCAUAAAGCUGUGUUAGAGAUGGCAACUACCUGUGAAGUCAGUCAAGAAUUUUAUGAUCUCAAGCUGGAAAUCUGCAAGGUGUCCCUGUCAUCCAACUUUUCAGUGUGCCGUGUGUACUGGAAUCCUGCUUCCACUAUGGAGAAGGAAAGUUACGUUGAAAGUGUGCUGAGAAAGAGCGCUCCACGUGUACGGUACUGCUGUGGGAUACACACCUUCCUACCUCCAGAGCCAUUUCUUAAGUAUCUUCUGAAGAGUCAGCAGAUUGUAGGAAAUGUACCCCCAGUAGUAUUUAUAAAAGACAAAGGAGCUGCAGCUGUAAAAGAGGUCGAGGACUUACUGGCAAUUGCUGAUUUUGGACCUCCAGAAGAAGAAGAAACAUCUCAAAAUGAUUCAAGUAAACUCUUCCCUUCAACAACUCAAUCUUCAUAUUCACCCAUGCAGCCUAAUCUGUUUGGUGUUGAUCAUGAACUGCUGAAUAAACAGAUAAUGGACUAUAAAAAAAUGAAAGUGUCAAGACAUAUAGAAAACAUUGCCUGGACAGAGAAGCAGCAGCAGCAGCUUUCUAAGAUUCAAAAGAAAAUUAAAAAGAAAAAAGCAAAGAAUCCUCCUGACGAUGAUGACAUUACACCACAGAAACACUUACUGGACAGAUACGAAGCUGAUUACUGGGACGGUAACACUGAAUCCGCCUCAGACUAUGAGCUACGUGAUGAGUUACUGGAAGAGGCAAAUGGAUUGGAGGUGGAUGAUGACAAAACUCUAACUCAGCCUACUGGUAAAAGGACAUGAAGUGAAAAAGCUACUCCCUUCGAAAUGAAGGCUGCCAAUAACAAAAAAAACCUGCCAUAGCUACUGAAAGCUGUACAUGUUUACCACUUCCUCAUUCAAACUAAUAGUUUGCCACAUGUGAGCAGGUUUGCUAGCACAAAGUAUGUAAGAAAAACUGCCAUUACUGACAUUCUGUUAAGCAGCUUUCAAGCUGCUGCAGCUGGGGGACUUUCAACCAGAGAGCAGUUUUGUAGCAGUAAAAUAUAUCUAUUGGAGCACUGUGUUAAAACUUCUUGCAGUUAUGUUGAUUAAUCACUUCCAAUAAAAUUAUGGUUUCUAUAUUGCAA